AUGGCUAGCCCUCCUGUGCUAGCUUUCGAUGCUGAGGGCCGCCCAGUGAAGUUUGACACCUGGCUAGAUGACCUGCACCUCUUCCUACAGCUCACUGCCAAGGAGGACAUCUCACUGUACGAUCACGCCCUAGGCCAUGCUACUGCCCCUGCUGCUACUGCUGACAGCGCUGCCCGCUCACAGUGGCAGACUCGUGACGCCCACGCUCGCUUUGCUAUUCGCAACUCCCUGCCGAUAGAUGAGCGCGAGCACUUUGGCCAGCACAAGACUGCUAAGGAACUGUACACUGCUGUCGUUGCCCGCUACUCCUCACCUGCCUCUGCCGCACUAGGCCGUCUCUCACUCCCCUACCUGUUCCCCGACCUGGCCUCUUUUCACACAGUUGCUGACCUCAUCACGCACCUCCGUACUAUCAGGGAUCACUUCCUAGCUCGCUGCCCCACUGAGCUCACCAUUGCCCUCCUCGAGAAGGAACUACUUGCAGCUGAGGCUAGCAUAGUCGCUGUAGGUGCCUCUCGUGGCGACCCCCGCACCCCUUUCUUUGAGGGGUGUUCCCCUUCCCCCCUUCUUCCCUCUGUCGCCUCUGCUGCUACUGUCGACCUCCUUGGUGCUGAGAAGGUCGGGACUGCGUUCGCUUCGAACUGGCGCCGCAGGGGCAAAGGGGGCAAGGGAGGCGGAGGUGACGGCGAGGGAGGCGGUGGAGGAGGCGGUGGCGGCGGUGGGGGUGGUGGUGGGGCUGGAGGGACUAGUGGCAGCGGUGGGGGUGGUGGCGGCAGCGGCGGGGGAGGUGGCAGGGGCGGGGGCGGUGGUGGGGGCGGCAGUGGUCGCGGCGGCGGCAGGGGAGGGGGUGGUCGAGGAGGUGGCGGCGGCGGUGGUGGUCGUGGAGGCGCUGGCAGUGGCCAGAGCCAGCAGCACACUCCGUCACCCCAGGAGGCCAGUGAGUGGUACUCUCUGCACGGGGGGGGGGGGGGGUGGGCUUAG